AAUUAAAUUAUUUUUCAGAGAUCUUUUCAGCCAUGGAGCCUCAGCAAUCACCGGACGCCUUCGGCGACGACUACUCCGACAUCACCUUGCGGCCGCUAGAGCCGUCGGACGCGGAGGACUACCUGGAAUUCCGGUCGGACGACAACGUGACCAAGUUCUGCUCCUGGGAGCCCUUCACGUCGGUGGAAGCGGCGGCGAAGUACAUCGCGGAGGACGCGGCGGCGCACCCGUGGUACCGGGGGAUAUGUGUGAAGGGGAAGGCGGUGGGGUCGGUGACGGUGAAGCCGUUUAGAGGGUGCGACAGUUGCAGGGCGGAGAUCGGGUACGCGCUGGCGUCCAAGUACUGGGGGAAGGGGAUUGCGACGAAGGCGGUGAAGAUGGCGGCGGCGUCGGUGUUCGUGGAGUGGGCGCACCUGGAGCGGUUGGAGGCGGUGGUGGACGUCGAGAAUCGGGGGUCGCAGCGGGUGUUGGAGAAGGCGGGGUUCAAGAGGGAAGCGGUUUUGAGGAAGUAUUAUCUUCUCAAGGGGAAUCCCACAGAUGCUGUCAUGUUUAGUCUAAUUUCUACUGAUCCUGAGGUCACAUUUUUUAUGUAAGAUUUGGAUUAUUAGUUACAUUGUUGAAUAAUGUUAUUAUGGGUUACUAUUUUGAACUAAACGUUUAGAGUGAUAGUAACAUCAAUCACCUCCAAAUAAUUUUAAACAUUGAUUAAAAGAUUAAAAUUAGAAUUGAUGGAUACCCCUAAUAGGAUACUCAAUCAGGUGUACCCCUAAGCGGUCAGGAGAUUGCGACUUGAUCACUAAGAAGGUUGGAGGGAAAGGACCUCAGUAGCCUAGUUCUCGUUCGCCAAUUGGCCCAGCCGAGCGGCUAGCUUAGGCGAAUGGGUCUCGACGGGGUGCGUGCUCAGUGGUAGCAAUUGAAGAUUUAGCGGGAUUCUUUUCAUAUGUAGCAUGGGAUUUUCUUUUUUUCAUAUUAGGAAUUGAAGUUAAUGCAGUUGUUUUAUCUC